UGAUUGUGAAAGGAGGUAUCAAGCUGCGCUGGGAGGUGUACCAGCAUCAUGUCAAGAAGUUACCGAGAAUAUGGACGGGAUGGAGAUCAAGACCGACGCCGAGAAACUAUCCGCAAUGAAGAUCAAGACAGAGGACGUGAUAAUAGAUUGGACCAAAGACCGGAGUACGGUAGGGAGCGUCGAGCAUCCUCAAGAGAGCCACCAAGACGUUUUGUUCCCGUUUGCUACGAGUGCGGAGAGCCCGGGCACUAUCGCAAUCAAUGUCCGCGGCUUAGUGGUGAGGGCAGUUCCCGAUUCCCAUCACGGGGUCGAUCAACAUCACCAAGGAACUAUCCAAGACAUCCAGAUAGGAGACCGACUUGUGAUGAACCUGUACUGAAGAAGCAAUUUGAGGAUUUAUCAAGUACUGUCGCUACGAUGAAAGAAUUCGUCGAAAGGGAGAACGCAAGAAGGGAGGAGAAGGAGAGGCGAAAACAUGAAAAGGCGGAGCGUAGGAAGCAUGAGGAGGAAGCAAAAGCGGAGGCGGAACGUUUGGAAAUGGAGAAGAAGCUUAAGUCUGAACGUCGUGAAAACGAGAAGAAGAAGGAAACGAUGAGGUUGGCGGAACAGAAGGAACAAAUGAAAAAAGAGUUGAUCUCGACAUUAUCGGUGCACAUGGGUGGUUUGCGAGAAGAGCUCAAGUACCAUAUGGACAGAUGCCUGGAGGAGUUAGCCAAGCUCAAGGGAAAGGCUAAAAAGCAAUCGCCCAGCACUGGACAAUCAUCCGAUGAUGAGUACGAGUCAUCCAAGAGUGAAGUUGAAGCUCUUAGUGAGAAGACCGGACACCUAACUAUUGGAGGGAAGAGACGACGUGGACCUGAGUAAGCGAUUGGCAACAGCCCGCCAAUGGAAUCGCCUGCCAAGCGCACCUCAAAGAAGC